AUGAAGAGAUGUGUUGAAGAUGCCGAGACGAUGAAGCGGCCACCACAGACUUUAUAUUGGGCUGAUGUGCCGGAUAAACCGGAUAAAGUCUUAAUCGCCACUGUUGCAAUUCCACAGUUGGACUCAUUAAAUGCAGGUUCGAGCCGCCCUGUUCCGCCACGACAACAAGGCCGUCCAGCUACAAACUUGAUCGUUGCGCCAGCAACUUCCGACACAUCCUCUCCAAGCGUCCCCCCACGUACCGCAGCGGGUCUGCGCCGACGCCAGACUGGUACCGUGGCGAGAUCGUCAACGGGAGCACGUCCGGCUACUAGCGGACCGGGUGGUAUGAUGAGAAUCUACACUGACGACUCACCGGGAAUCAAAGUUGACCCUGUAGUUGUUCUGGUCGGAAGUUUAACAUUCAUUGCUUCGGUUUUCAUUCUGCAUAUCGGUAGGCACAUACAUUGGGUAAAUACACUCGUUAACGCUCGCGCCCGGAUUGGUGAACAGAGGAUUGAGAACCUCAGAAAUAUGAGUAUUGCGUGGCCUGGAACUGCCGUCCGCCUAGCCAGAUCUUAA